AUGGUCACAGCCGCAGGCUCAUCACCCUCGCCCUCUCGGCUCACAUCGCCUGUCCGGUCACCCACGGCGGCGAGCGUUCGCUCCACUACGGUGGUUCAGCGCGAGCUCGGACCGCCUCGUGCUCCUGCUCAAGCCGCUGUUGCUGGGGCGGACGAACGACUUGGACGACCACUGACCUUUGGGGAGCCUGGGCCAGAAGUGACUUCGUCGACACCACAAGUCACCGAGGCUCAGGUCGCGCGAGUCGGUCAAGUCGAGCAGGCCGCCCCACAUGUUCCUUCUGCCCCGCCCCCUGCGCCCACAAUUGCACCUACUUCGGCCCUAGAUCCCGCAUCCAUAGUAUCAACUUCAACAUCCGUCCCACACGCCACAUUGCACCCUCCGACCGCAACUCGAGCCGAUGGGUCUUCCGAGGCCAGCAGCAGCCGUCGAGAAAGGUCCAAGAGUUCGGCUUCGAGAGCACCGAGGAUCGUCCCGCUUCCAAUCCGAAAUGGACGUAGCGAACCAGGCGGGAGACUGGUGUUGGACAAGUUCACAGUGUAUGAAACCAACUUGGUAUGUGUUGAGUCGACCUUCUCGCGGAUCCGAGCUCAUCAAACGCCAGGUCGACGAGCUUUGCUGACCGGCAUCUCACGUUUGGGGAGCGGGCAGAAAAUCUACAUCAUCGCGUGCAACCAGUCCGACUCGAGGUAUCGCGUUCUCAAGAUUGAUCGAGCAACAUCCUCACCAUCAACGACGGCAGCACCCGUCGCGGCCUCAUCAGCGUCGAACGCGAUCUUGACGACAAAUUCGACAGCCACGACCACGAACGAAGAUUCGUCCGAGCCAUCGGCAGCGGAUCCUUCGAAGAAGGGCAAAGCGGCACAAACGACGGAAGAAGCGGAAGAAGGACUCGUCAUUACCGAAGACGAAACCAUCUACUCCCGCGACGAGAUUGAGUUGCUCAAAGAGACCUUGAGCGCCGGCAAUGCGGGAGGGUUGCGCAAAGUCGACGGCACCUUUUACGGCAUCGUUGGCUUCAUCCGGUUCACCGAUCCUUUUUACAUCGUCCUCAUCAAAAGACGGCAACAUGUCGCGCUCAUCGGAGGUCAUUACAUCUAUCAUUGCGAGGAAGUCGUUCUGAGACCCAUCACUUUGAGCGCGGUGACGACUCGAAGCACCGAAGAGGCUCGACGGAUCCAUGCGUUCCAAGGCGUCGACCUCUCCAAGAACUUCUACUUCUCCUACACCUACGACGUUACGCAUACGCUGCAACACAACCUGACUCGAGCUGGAGGGCCUUCUUUGAAUGUUGAUGGUGGGGGGGGAAUGACCCGCUGACGACGUACAACGACAAAUGGGUGUGGAAUCGCUUCUUGCUAACGCCGGCGUUCGCGCACCUCAAGCAGGAUAGCCCUUGGGUCUUGCCUUUGAUUCACGGCUUUGUGGACCAAGCUAGUGAGUAUUCAGCCCGGAAAACCCAUGGUAGAUAGCUGAAACUGACAUCCGCUGCCUCCCUCAGAACUGUCGGUAUUUGGGCGGACGAUCUACAUCACCCUCAUCGCACGUCGAUCGAGGCACUUCGCCGGAGCCCGUUUCCUCAAGCGCGGCGCCAACGAACAAGGCUACGUCGCGAACGAUGUUGAGACUGAGCAGAUUGUCUCGGAUGCCUUGACGACUUCGUUCCACUCCCCUUCUGCGGCAACGCAUCAACAUCCUGCGACGGGUGAAAGUCAUCAGAAUCGGAGGCCCAAUCCGAGGUUCACAAGUUUCGUCCAGGUCCGAGGGAGUAUUCCUCUAUUUUGGAGUCAAGAAAGCAUCAAUAUGAGCCCGAAGCCACCGAUUGAAUGUGAGUGUCUUGAAGUCGGAGCGACCGAAGUACAUCACCAUACUGAACCUGCUGUGUUCUCCUGCAGUGACGAUCGUCGACCCGUACUUUACUGCUGCCGCUCUCCACUUUGACGACCUAUUGGGUCGGUAUGGAGGUCCAAUCACCAUACUGAAUCUGAUCAAGGUGAGUAGCGAAUGACUAGCGAGAACCCUAACUACGUGACUGAGCGCGGAGCGCGGAACCUGUCCUAUACCUCAACUCAGCAAAAAGAACGCACCCCUCGCGAGUCGAAGCUUCUACCCGAGUUCAAGCAAUGCAUCGACUACCUCAACCAGUUCCUCCCCGAUGAGCACAAGAUUGAGUACAUUGCUUGGGACCUUGCGGCUGCGAACAAGCGACGCGACAAAGAUGUGAUCGGCGUGCUCGAGGACAUCGCGGAGGAAUCGCUAGCCAAGACCAAGUUUUUCCACACCGGCCCCGAGCCGACAUGGUUCAAGAUCCACCCGGACGCUUCGCAUCCCAUGGAGUAUCGCUCGACUCCUCUGUUACAAUCUGGUGUGGUCCGAACGAACUGCAUCGAUUGCCUUGAUCGGACAAAUGCGGCUCAGUUCGUCAUUGCCAAAGCUGCGCUGGGCCAUCAGUUGCACGCCCUAGGCAUCAUCGACUACCCUUGCGUCCCUUUCGAGAGCGAUGCGGUGAACAUGAUCAUGGAGAUGUUUCACGAUCACGGAGAUACGGUCGCGUUACAAUACGGUGGAUCGCAUCUUGUCAAUACUAUGGAGACGUAUCGCGGCAUUGCGCAAUGGACCAGUCACUCGAGGGACAUCGUCAACAAUCUUCGCCGGUACUACACCAACUCUUUCGUUGAUGCGGAUAAGCAAGCAGCGAUCGACGUCUUUCUCGGGAUCGAGGCGCCCAUAGCUCAUCAACCUCCACUUUCGUAUUCGCAAACCAAGAACAGGCGCUCGUACCGCAAUUGGUACACGCCCGAGCACCUCAAGGCGUCCCUCACGCCAAGCGAGGCCGAACGACGCCUCAAAGCCACGGUCGAAGACGAUGACGCGUCAGGUUCAGCAAACUAUUGGCAGGCCUUCUAUCGUCCUCAAUUGUUGACGCAAUUUGACAAGCACUUUGCUGUCAUCAUGAACUCAACGUCGAGGUACCUCAAAGCUGCGGCGCUCAUCUCGGAUGGGCCUGACGCAAGCCCUUUCGUGGCUAGGCAUGCUCUGAAUGCGGCUCAGCAUAGGUCAGUCAGACUGCAUUACUGCAUCAACGAGUUAUGGGCUAAUCCCUUGUACCAACUGUAUGAUUCGCUCAGACUCCAAACUCCCUCAAAGCUGUCGCGGCCUCGGAGUGGCACGCGAGGAACCGGGGUCGGCGGUUCACGCCCCGCUUCGUCGCUGCGCUCCCGCAUUGAGGCACAGCGCAUCGAUGAAGCAUCCUCCACGACGGGAACGACUCGGACCAGGAACUCAUCGACCCAAGCUCACAGUCAUGGACAGCAUUCGUCCUCUUCCUUCGGGGUGGUUGCCGUGCCCUCCCACGUCGCGGCUGUGCCUUCGGUCGUCGGCCCCGGUGGCGCCGUCGCGCCGGUGACAGAGGCCCUCGUCCAUCGACUGCUCGAGCCACGCGUUGAGCCCAUCGAAGCGCGAGAAUACGCCUCGUGGGUCGAACAGUUCCAACACCUCUCCCUGGCCCAAGAGUUGAGCGACAAGGACGCACGCCUGUACGAAGAGCACGCCGGCCUCGCCGGUCAGCCCUUGUCCGCGGUCUUGACCAGCAGCAUCGGCCAUGAUCCGCGCUUCGAGCAAUGGAGGGAGGAUGAUGGAGGAGGUGGGGGUGGUGAUAGUGAUGAUCGGGAUGAAUCGGGUUCGUGGAUGGACAAUCAAGGUGUGAGACUGAGGGUUGACUCGGCGAACGUGCUUCUGUACGAGGACAUGGUGAGGCGCAGUCGCCCCGUCGCGAUGAUGGCCGGAUAG